AUGAAUAAGUGUUUUGCGGUUGAAAAACACUACUGGAUGUCUGUCGGUCGAGAGAUCAAACAGAAUAGUUCUAACCAGUCGCUUAGAAGCAGGGCCUGUGGCCAUGACGUUACAUUUGCUGAAUUUGUUAAAUAUGUCAUAAAUGAAUCCAACAACAGGAACACUGUCAUGGACGAACACUUCGCUCCGCAGAACACUCUCUGCGGUUUAUGUAACAUACAAUAUGACGUCAUCGGCACCAUGGAAACGUUUACAGAUGACACACAAUACAUUUUACGAAAGAUGGGUUUUUACGGCAAAGAAUUUCACUUCAAGAAUUUCGAGGAAGAAAUAACAGGAGACUUCAUAGCUGACGAAAUUACUCGAACGUACAUAUUUCGUGAUGACGUCACUUCCUGUAUGACGUUUCACGACAGUCUUAGAAGAUUAUGGCGUUUGUUCCAAAUUUAUGGCGUCUUGUCUACAAAGGAUAAUUAUCCAUUCAGCGAGCGGGAGACGGUGACGAUGUUGAACCUGACGGAAACAGUUCUUCAGUACCGCAGUCGUCGUAGUCCCGCAGACAACCAGAAUAAACACGACGCCAUGUUACAAGCCUACCGAACCCUUUCUCACGCGGAUCUCCGAUCACUGCGUUCACUGUUUGGAGAUGAUUUCAGGAUGUUUGAGUACGAGAGCGAACCGGCGGACAUUUUCAGUAUGACUCCUGUUAGAAGAGACGAUAUCGACUUCGAUUAUUUUGACAUUCUGUGA